AUGACUAGCGAGCAUCCACUUCUGCGCUGGCUCGCAGCGAGCGGCGUAGAGCUGCACGAUAGCCUGUAUCUGGAGCAAGAUCCAUCGACGGGCCUCUCGGUCUACACGGCCGAGCCACUUGCGCGCGACACGACGGUGAUCCGAGUACCAAAGAGUCUCUGCAUCACCUCUGUCACUGCUCGCGAGAGGAUCGAGGCUCUACUCGCAGUGUUCGGCAUCGCAGAAAGCGGCCUGGAGGCAUCAGCGCUCCCAGCACCCGACUGGAUCUUGCUGUACAUUGCGACGUGCCGACUGGCAACCGAGUACCUUUCGACAGCAUCCGAGCUGUCGGAUGACUUGGCAGCGGCGUUGCCGCAUCUUGCUUAUGUUGAUUACAUCCCCAAGACCAUCGAGACACCGCUGCAUUUCUCUCCAGCCGAGUUGAUGCUGCUCUCGGCAACGCCGCUCGUCGGAUCGACCGAAAGGCGCCUGCAAGAAACCAUCGUCGACUACGAGAGAGCACGGUCCCUGCUCGAAGCUCCUUUGCAGCAGGUAUCGGGUCACCCUUUCGCGGCCUUUCUGGCGACCAGGCUCGGAAGUGUCCCGCAAGAGCAGCUCGAUGCGGACGCGCUGAUGGCCAAGACCUUCCACGAAGGGCUCGAGCUGUGGCGCUGGGCCGAGUCAGCAUUCACUUCGCGCUCCUUUCCUGCCCGACUCGUCGGCAUUUCCGAUGCACCGUCGGAGGAGGCGUCGAGCGGCGCAUAUCCGUCGGCCAGAUCAGCACCAAUCCUUAUCCCGGCCUACGAUACCUUCAACCACGCGCGCGCACGUCCCGUGACAUGGACCUUCUCCGCCGCCUCCGAGGUCGACUCGAGAGACAUGGUUUGCAUGACGAUCAACUAUGCGGUGGAAGCAGCGCCAGCUCAAGUGUACAACAACUACGGGGGCAAGUCGAACGAGGAACUGCUUGCGGGGUACGGCUUUACGCUCGACACGAUCACCGAGGACACGCUUGCACUCAAGAUCGGCUCGGACGAUCCGAACGCCCAGGCAAAGACUCACUACUGGGCCAUACCUUCGGCCAGCACCGAGAGUGAGAAUGACGACUCGAUAUCGACGGGCACAUCGGAGCUAUUCACAAGGGCACAGUGUGCAUGCCCCUCGUUACUUGACGAGAUCGAGACGCGAGUGCUGCAAGGUGAAGCAGCCCCGACUUCGGACGAGGACCGAUUGGAUCUGUACGGCAGUGUGCUCGAGACGCUCGAGGCACUGCUGCUGUCCAAGCGCAAGGCCUUUCGAGCGAGCCAGAAGCAGAUCGAGGCUCUGCAAAGCACGUUUCCAUUGCAAACUACCCAUUGCGAGUCACCGGGCUGGCACAGGUCAUCAGCAGCAGCCGAUCCAAGCCAGCCAUCCUCCUUGCGCCCUACCGUCUGGCACAAUGUCAUGCAGUACCGCGCCGGCCAGCUUCACCUGCUCAACCAUGCCGUCGAAUGGACACGCACCGAGCUCGCGAGAGUCGCCGACGCGCUCGACGAUCUCGAGUAA